GUCAGAAUAACCAACAACAUGCGAAAUGUUCGUCUAUCAGUAUCAGUUCGGUGUUCUGUUGGUUGGCACUUUCUUCUUUCCCCUGCUGUAUAUAUCGUUGAGAGUCUUACUACAAAGAACGCAUAUAUCCCGAUUUGGCAGAGCCAUCGUUAGAGAUGCGUCCAAUAAAGCCGUCUCCACCAUUCAAGCCAUCUUGUGUGUUACUAGUGGAGCUAUCAUUGUUGCCAACUGCCAUGAUGAUGUCAUGAAUGACAGGCACCACCUUGCCACGGACUAUGCGUGGUUUGGGUGUCCGUACAUGCUCUACGAUGUGUGGUCGAUGUACGACGUCCACCGACGCAUGUUCUCCCACGUCGAACCCGCCGCGCUGCUGCGCCACUUCCUCUGCCGGCGAGGCCUGUUCAUCGUCCACCACCUCGUGCUGCUGGCCGUCUUCUUCCCUUUGGUCGUGCACUUCAGACACGACCGCGGAGAUUUCUUCGUUGGUUGCUUCUACCUAGCAGAGUUCAGCACACCGUUCGUGUCGGCCCGCUCCAUCCUCGCCAAGGUCUAUCAGAAGAGCUCCUGCGUCUACUUAUGCAACGGUCUCGCCAUGGUGGUAGCGUUCGUUGUUUGCCGAGUCGCUCUAUUCCCCUUCAUGUACUGGUGUUACGGGCAACAGGUUGGACUCAGCAUAGCCCAGGUGGUAAUGUCCAUUCCAUUGAAGUGCAAUGUAGGGUGCGCCACCGUGCUGCUGCUGCAACUCUACUGGCUCAGUGUGAUGUUGGUUGGGACUUAUCAGGUCAUCUGUGGCAGCAAUAACGAAAUUGCAUCGCAGGAGAAACAGAACAGCAAGCAGUCUGUUAGCUAACAUACAGACACAGAGAUUGACAAGAAAUCUGAUAGCUAAUAUAACAGAGACUAGCAGGCAGUGUACGUGUCACCUAAGUCUUUCAUUGGUUCUAAGAAUGGUGAAUAAGACAUGUCCAUCGCACGAGGGGAUAUCAAGAGUGUAUAUGGAGAAUAUAUCUCAAUAUAUCUCUAUAUUAUACAUUCCUGGGGAUAUCACAUGCUGACAUUCACGUUUUGUGUAUGACGUCAGGAAAAAGAGUUUGGGUUAGGUUUGUUUAGUUGUUAAUCGUCAACGGUUAUCAUGGUUAAAUUGUGGUUGGGUUAUAAUUGGGGGUAACUCAAUUUAUUUAAAUUGGGUUAGGGAUUGGCUCGUGCAACCAGAUCAUGCCACAUUUCCUUGUGAUAUGGAAUUUAUUGGUAAAUAUACGAGAGUAUGCUAGUCAGAUGUGAGAGUAUGUGGCUCGGUAUUGGUUCACCGAUGGUUCUAUUAACAGUAUUUCAAACAAGCUAUGACCUUACUGUACGCAGUGAGUCAUUGGCACCAUUAAAUGGCCAAGCUUAGAAGUAUCAAACUGCUUACAACGUAUGACAGUGCUGUAUUGGUUUUCAACUUGAACUUCAGGGAACAUUUAACUAAUAUAAUUAACUGAAUAUGUUAUAGAUUUAUUUUACAAAUUUUACAUAUGUCAAUUUAGUAAAACUUACAUUUUUUUUAAAGUGUAGUACAUUACCCAAUGUAUGAGUCAUAAUUUUAUUUUGAAAAGUUAUUUUCUGGAAUAUAUUCGUAUGUGAUAUAGAGGUCAGAGCUCCACCGAACGUACACUGUAAUGUGCAAUGCAUUUUUAAUAAACGUUAAUUACAAUGUAUAUACAUUGCUGUAACAAUUAA